CACCUCUCGGCUCCCGCUCCCCGCGCGCAAGAUGGCUGACCCGGCUGCGGGGCCGCCGCCGAGCGAGGGCGAGGAGAGCACCGUGCGCUUCGCCCGCAAAGGCGCCCUCCGGCAGAAGAACGUGCACGAGGUGAAGAACCACAAAUUCACCGCCCGCUUCUUCAAGCAGCCCACCUUCUGCAGCCACUGCACCGACUUCAUCUGGGGCUUCGGGAAGCAAGGAUUCCAGUGCCAAGUCUGCUGUUUCGUUGUGCACAAGCGGUGCCAUGAAUUUGUCACCUUCUCCUGCCCAGGCGCUGACAAGGGCCCAGCCUCUGAUGACCCUCGGAGCAAACACAAGUUUAAGAUCCACACAUACUCCAGCCCCACGUUCUGUGACCACUGUGGCUCACUGCUGUAUGGACUCAUCCACCAGGGGAUGAAAUGUGACACCUGCAUGAUGAACGUGCACAAGCGCUGCGUGAUGAACGUCCCUAGCCUGUGCGGCACUGACCACACGGAGCGCCGCGGCCGCAUCUAUAUCCAGGCCCACAUCGAGAGGGAAGUCCUCAUCGUUGUCGUAAGAGAUGCUAAAAACCUUGUACCUAUGGACCCCAAUGGCUUGUCAGACCCUUAUGUGAAGCUGAAACUGAUUCCUGACCCCAAGAGUGAGAGCAAGCAGAAGACCAAAACUAUCAAGUGCUCCCUCAACCCUGAGUGGAACGAAACAUUCAGAUUCCAACUGAAAGAAUCGGACAAAGACAGAAGACUGUCUGUAGAGAUUUGGGAUUGGGAUCUGACCAGCAGGAAUGACUUCAUGGGAUCUUUGUCGUUUGGGAUUUCUGAACUGCAGAAAGCUGGUGUUGAUGGCUGGUUUAAGUUGCUGAGCCAGGAGGAAGGCGAGUACUUCAAUGUACCUGUGCCGCCGGAAGGAAGUGAGGGCAAUGAGGAACUACGGCAGAAAUUCGAGAGAGCCAAGAUCAGCCAGGGGACCAAGGCUCCAGAAGAAAAGACGACCAACACCAUAUCCAAACUUGACAACAAUGGAAACAGAGACCGAAUGAAACUGACGGAUUUUAACUUCCUGAUGGUGCUGGGGAAAGGAAGCUUUGGCAAGGUCAUGCUCUCAGAGCGAAAAGGCACAGAUGAGCUCUAUGCCGUGAAGAUCCUGAAGAAGGAUGUUGUGAUCCAGGAUGACGAUGUGGAAUGUACGAUGGUGGAGAAACGGGUGCUCGCCCUGCCUGGGAAGCCACCCUUCCUGACCCAGCUCCAUUCCUGCUUCCAGACCAUGGACCGCCUGUACUUUGUUAUGGAGUACGUGAACGGGGGUGACCUCAUGUACCACAUCCAACAAGUUGGCCGGUUUAAGGAGCCUCAUGCUGUAUUUUACGCUGCAGAAAUUGCCAUCGGUCUGUUCUUCUUACAGAGCAAGGGCAUCAUUUACCGUGACCUCAAACUUGACAAUGUGAUGCUGGAUUCAGAGGGCCACAUCAAGAUUGCUGAUUUUGGCAUGUGUAAGGAAAACAUCUGGGAUGGGGUGACCACGAAGACAUUCUGUGGCACUCCAGACUACAUCGCCCCUGAGAUAAUCGCCUAUCAGCCCUAUGGGAAGUCUGUGGAUUGGUGGGCAUUCGGAGUCCUGCUGUAUGAAAUGUUGGCUGGGCAGGCACCCUUUGAAGGGGAGGAUGAGGAUGAGCUCUUCCAGUCCAUCAUGGAACACAAUGUGGCUUACCCAAAGUCCAUGUCCAAGGAAGCUGUGGCCAUCUGCAAAGGGCUGAUGACCAAACACCCGGGCAAGCGUCUGGGUUGUGGACCUGAAGGUGAACGUGACAUCAAAGAGCAUGCAUUUUUCCGAUACAUUGAUUGGGAGAAACUUGAACGCAAAGAGAUUCAGCCCCCGUAUAAGCCAAAAGCCUGUGGGCGAAAUGCUGAAAACUUCGACCGGUUUUUCACUCGUCAUCCACCAGUCCUAACACCUCCCGACCAGGAAGUCAUCAGGAAUAUUGACCAGUCAGAAUUCGAAGGAUUUUCCUUUGUUAACUCUGAAUUUUUAAAACCUGAAGUCAAGAGCUAAGUAGAUGUGUAGACCUCCGUCCUUCAUUUCUGUCAUUCAAGCUCAACGGCCGUUGUGGUGACAUCUUUUCUUUCAUUGCCACGUCGCAUCCAUGUUUUAUUUGCUGAUGAGACUAGAGUGACCAUGUUUCAGAAACCAAAUGUCCUCGGGUAGUUUGGAGCAUCUCUAUGAGAUGGGAUGAUGCAGGUGGCACGUCGAAAAAGGCUGCUGCGUAAUCAACACAUUAGCAAAGUCCUCUUACCAUUGAUUUUUCCAAGCACGUCAGCUCCGCGGACCCAGUCGGGACAGAAAAUGCCUGCUUUCUCUCCCUCUGUUCCAUUUCACAUGCUUUUCCAACGCCAAGCAUCCGGUCUAGAUUGUUCUACCAAAAGAAUGGAUCACUGGAUGCUCGCAGUAUUCUCUCCCUUCUGGACGGGGAGCGUGGCUUCAUUCCAAGUGCAUGGUUGCUUUGAGGUACAGGGGAUUCCUCUAUUAGGCCUGUUUGGAGGCCCCAUGAGCUGUGCAAAGCACAGGCUAAAAAUAACAUUGUAUUCUGUUGUUUUUUAGACUCAAAGUUAAGGAGAUUAUCUCAGCCCUUUUAAAAUGCCAAGAGUGUGCUUUUAGACAGUCUCAAUCUAAAAGUACCUCCAGAGGUCAGUCAAAAGGCAAACCAGCUGGGGCGCCACCUCCAUGCUGUCAUUUCUGAUACCCUGUGUCCCUGAUCGCCUUCAUCCUCCAACUCCUUGCAAAGGGCAUUUGGCAUCACUCCCUGAAAAGACAUGGUCACUCUAGCAAGGUCCCAGGGGACCAUGGUUUUACAUUACAUUUCAAGUUUAUUUGCUUUGGGGUUUUAUUUCUGUUGUUGUUCAGAUGCAAAAAAGAAAAAAAAACUCACUUUGUUACACAUGCUUUGAAAUAUGUGUCCAAAUGUUAUUAACCACGGUCACCUGCUUUGAUUUGUCAAGAAGGCGGCUCUGGAGCCUAGCAGACCCAUACCCGUGCAGAUGGGAUUUGCCUAGGUUUGUUGCUGCCUUGGGAAAGCUAAUUAAGCGUUCUGAGAAAGACACCAUUUCUUGAAACAUAGACGGUUGUAUUCUUCACUUUGAUGUUGUUUUGCAAGAUGUUUGUGGAAAUGUCCAUUUGUAUCUGGAUAUUUGUUAUGUGCCAUUUUUUUUCUAGCAUCGAGAUACAAUAAAAAAAAAAAUGAAAGAAAGAAAGAAGAAAUGCUAUUGCAAGAAAAACGGCUCUCUUUGAAAAAUAUGGACCCAAACUGCCAAGCGGGGCUCCUGAGGCUUCAGGACAGAAAGGAACUAAACCCAGAGCUUAACCUCAGACCCCCGGCUCUACCAGUCCAAGAGGCUGGGGACCGUUCAGGGACUCCUGGCAGCCUGUAAUGGGAUGGGAUGAGCUGGCCGGGGCUUCCAAUGAUAUCGGAGGUCAAGGCCAGAGUCACGUUUAGGGCCAGCUAGCAGCAUAGCUGUGGCUCUUGAUUUUCUUAUCAAAAUCACCACUCCUCCCAGCUUGGAAUAAAUAUUCUUUCAUGCGAGCAGGUCUGUGAGCCCCCAGAAGCCAAGGAAACCCCUUGGGUGGAAGAAAUCCUGUUUCUGCCUGAGCUGAUGAGGAUGGCAGGUGGUUCCCCAUCCUUGCCUACUGUCUCAUUCUAUUCCCAGGCAGCUCUACAGAGAAUUAUUAUCAGAAGUCGAGUGAUCUCCAGAAGCACCAGGGUUUCUAAGACACCAUCAGGAGAACUUUACAGACUUGACAAAUGUCCUUGAAGGAACACUUCUCAUCUUUAAGAAACCCGAGAUUUGGAUUUGCACAUAGGCAGGGGGUCCUGGCUCACUCCUGUCUGCCCUCUGCUUCUCCUUGCUGCAGGCUGUAGGACUGUCCUGCUGCUGCCAUGGUGGUAGCCAUGUAAGCCCCAUGUGGGGCAAACCCCAAGUCCCAGCUGACAAGCUCAGAAAGUUAGAGAAGGAGUUAAAUCGGGACAGAACCCUCCUCCCUCAUUUUAUUGUUGGAAAAUUGGCAUCUGGAGAGAGGAAGUGACUUGCCCACGGUCAGCCAGCUGGGGUACAAACCCAGGUUCUCUGACUAAGUUCAGGCCUGUUUCUGCUCUAUAGCUGACAUCUCUGAGCCAUGCCCACCAACAGGCAAGUUAUUUGAGAUCCUUUGUCUGGCUUUUGGGUUACCAGGUCUUUCCUUGUACAUGCUCUCAGGAUGAUAAAAACCAUAUAGAAGCAUUGGGCCAUUGACAGAUUAUUUGAGACAAGGUUAGAGAACAAUGUAAGAUAGGUAGGUAGAUAGCUAGACAUAGAUAGAUAGAUGAUAGAUAGAUAGAUAGAUAGAUAGAUAGAUAGAUAGAUGAUAGAUAGGUAGAUAGAUGGUAGAUAAAAUAUAUUGUAUAUACACUGCACAUUUUCCAAAUUUCUGUCAUUAUUUUUCCAAAAGUUGAAUUGUUUGCAGAAAGAAGUACUCAAGCCAAAGUCUCCGUUCUCCUAACACACCUUGCUGAGGGUUGCCCAGUGAAGGCUUCUGUGGAAGUGAGGGAUCGUUGGUCAGAGUUCCUGCAAUUUCCUUUUCUAUCACCAUUCUAAGUCCAAAGGAGACCAAGAAACAGAGCUUAGAGAAUAUGUAACCUCCGGGCAACACUUUGCAAGUUUAUCCAGGAAGAAAGAUUUUUCACUUCCUGUGCAGUCAUUCACAUAUUCCACUCCCCAUUCAUUCAUCCAGGAAGCAUUCAUUGAGAACCAGCUAUGUGCCAGGCUCUCUGCUGGGUGGCAGGAGCACAGUGGGGGAGAUGCUAUCCAGGAGGGCAGCCAUUAAACAAGUAUUUAAAAGCAUAAUGUGAUCUAGAGAUAACCAGUUUCUGAGUUAGUCAGAGGAGGCUUCUUACAAGAAAGCAGAAGUCAUCACAGGGCUUCAGGGCUCCUUUCUCUCUGCCGACCACAGUUUGAGGCUGAAAGAGGAAAUGCAGCAGUGCCCUCACCCAAAUUUCUGUAAUAAUCCUAAAAUACAGUGGGUGGGGAAGGACAGGGGCUAGAUGGUAGCUGAGGUGGGUUUCCUUCUGGAAGGCCAAAGGCCCAGUCUCCAUGCUCAAAAAGACCAUAGAAUCACCAAGAUUUGAGCAGAGACAGAUACUCAUGGGGGUGGGGGUGGGGAUUGGUUUUACAGCUCAUUUCCAGGUCCUGAAUCUCAUGUCUUAGUGAGAGUUUUCUACCCAGAUUCCUGCAGGCAUUAUCCUUUCCAGCUCUCAGGGAGAAGCCAUCCUGCCAGCACACUGCCCCCAGCUUGACACCGCCUGGUUCUUCUAGAUGAGACAGGCUGAGAUUUUCCAAAAGAACUUAAAUUAGGGAAGAAUUCUAAAAAAGGAAAUUGAAUAAGAAAAUCUGAAGAAACCUAAACACAGUGCAUGUUAGCCAUAGCUAAUUGUCUAUCAGGGUCCAAGAAUCCCUCUUGGCAUUUCUUACACUACUCAUGAACCUGCUCCUCUUCUAAGAAAGGGUAGGACCGCGGUCAUAAUGACCUUGGGGAAUCAAUAGGAGGCCAGUGGAAUUAAUAACCCUACUUGGCUGAGUGAUAUUCUGCUUAUGUGGCUUCAGAUGCUAUCAACCCAAAAAAGAAUGGUCUCAACAGAGAGGCCUAUCCUCUCCUGCCUUCUAAAGGUAAAAUUCUGGGGUACUUCCUAGGAGGAUCAGCCCACAGGAUGAAAUCCGUUAUGGCAGGUUCUAUUUGGACCGUGUGGCUGUUUGAAACACGAGACCUCACCAGCACAGCAGAUGCGGAAGAGCUUUGACAACUGGGGGUGGUGGUUAAGGGAACCUCCAGGGAUGCCCAGAGGCAGGGAAGGCCAGAUGGGGUCAAUGUUCCUCGGGGGAGAUCUGAAAGGCGGCAACUGCCGGUCUUCCAGCCCCAAAUCUACGGGGGCGGGGGGAGCGCACAGAACCCCACAGCUCUCAGACCUCGAAGGGGCCUAACAAUCCAGUCUCUGCUGGGCCUUAGAAUGGACAGAGGCUGAUGUGAACGACCCAUAGAAUCAACAGGAACAAUUUCAUUGCUUCACUACAGAGUGGGGUCUCUGUCUGGCUCGAGGACGAGAGGCUCAUCUUUAGUCAAGUCUUCCUUCAUUGACUGAUUCAUUCACUUAACAAAUAGUUAUGGACAACCUACAGGGUGCCAAGCAUUAUUUCUGGCAGUAGAAAUACAGUAGUGAGGAAACAGGCACGGACCCUCCCCGCCUGGAGAGAGGCAGUAAAUAAGACAGUGUCUGAUAGUAAGUAGGUGCCAUGAAGACAAUUAAAAGGAUGCUAAGGUAUGACUUGUAGGGUCCAGAGUGCGGGUGAUACUAAAGGAAGGGGUGAUGUUCAAGCUUCUCUCUGAACACAGUCUGUGCCUGGGACAGGACAGGACAGGCUGACAGCGGGCAGGACAAAAUGCGGUAGAAUGAGCGGGGCGCAGCAGGAGAUGGCCCAGCAUCUAGAAAACAGCUCCAUCCGCAUCUUGAGCCCACUGCAGGUCUGGCGACGCUUACUGAAGUGUGUUCCUUAUCACCCCCCACUCCUCACUCCCACACCCCAACACAUACAACACAAUUAAGUGGCAACUCCAUAGGGACAUUCUACCUAUCUCAGGGAGCAGCCUGAAAGAAGGCAUUCUCGUGGGAGGCAUUUGGCAAAGGGGAACGAGCCCAGCAGUGAGAAGCCCUAAUAGUUGGCUCCCAUUAGGAGCUGAACUAAAGCAUGGAUGGCAACUGACUGGACUCCAACGAAUCAGUCAGUUCUCACUGAGCCUCCCCUCUUUACCAUCUGAGCCAGCACUGGCUUCAGCGAGGCAAACCCAAGCAUGCUCCUCAGCUCCCCUGCAAUAGAGGUCCCCCACCCCCACCCCAAGUCAGAGGGACUGAGAUGAGCCCUAAUUAAGAACAGCGUGGUCAGGUAAAGAUCACUCCCCCACUCUGCAACCUUGGGCAAGUCACUGUAUCUUCCUGCACCUGUUUUCUCCGAGGGGGUAGGGGAGGACUCUCCAGCUCCUCCUGCCCUCAGGUGGGUGGUGAGGAUGGGAAAGAACGAGAGCCUGCAGGACCCUGAGCAGGUGAGAACAUCAUACAGAUGUGAGGUGUUUUUAUUAGUCCACAAUUGGACAUUCCCUCGAAAAGACUGACCCAAAUUGUAAUUAGUAACCUGGGAUUAAUGCCUCCCAUCCCCACACCAAAAAAAAAAAAAAAAAAGAAAAGAAAAGGAAGAAAUGUCGGGCUAACCAGGAGAAGAAAAUUUUUGUUUUUGUUUUUGUUUUUUUUUUAAUUUUUUAUUGGUGUUCAAUUUACUAACAUACAGAAUAACCCCCAAUUUUUGUUUGUUUUAAGGCUGCCCUGACUGACCUUACUUUAAGCUUUGGGUUUUGUUUCUUCUAGCUUGUUGACUAGAUACAUGCAAUGCUGUAACCGUCCUUGUAGAGAGCCUGUGGCUGACAAAGACCCAAAUUCUAGUCUGAGGGUGGAUUUCUGAGCAUCCCUUCAAAGCCUGGCUUGCACCAGGGGACAUGGGGUGGACAGUGGUCAGCUCCUCUCAUCAUCAGGCAGCGAUCUGAUGUCCCGACAUGCCAAUCACUCCACCUUCUUGGCAACUGAGAGGUUUGCGCCACCGUUCUCCUUUUUUAAGGAAAAAAAAAAAAAAAGGCCUCCUCGCCAUAGGGGUCACUGUUGGAUGAUUUUCUCCUGGACGCUCUCUCCCAUGACAAAUUCUAUGACAUGUUACAUGGUAGGAAGUAGUUUCCAGUUCAAUUCAUCUCAAAGCCAAAGAAAACAGAACACACACACAUUACACACAUUCUCCACUUUAUGACAAUCCUUAAAGCAACUCAACGUUUCCUUUCCUUCCUUAGGCCAUCUCCACCCAGUUUUCUCUCCUGAAGCCAACAUACAAUGUGAAGUGAAAGGCAGGGGAUAGUAUGCGCAACGCACCUGCUAAAUAACUCAGCACAGGGCUCUUUCUGACUCUGCCCAUGAGAUGUCAUCGGCUUCCCACUAACUGGCAGGUGUGGGUCGUGUUUCCUUCGUAUGCUGUGUUAAUGUGUUUGCUUUCCAUUUGGCAGAGAGACAAGCGAGACACCUCCAACUUCGACAAGGAGUUCACCAGACAGCCUGUGGAACUCACGCCUACUGAUAAACUCUUCAUCAUGAACUUGGACCAAAAUGAAUUUGCUGGCUUCUCCUAUACUAACCCAGAGUUUGUCAUUAACGUGUAGGUGAAUGCAGACUCCAUUGUCGAGCCUGGAGUGUUAAGACUUCAGGCCACGUGUAUGUAUCAAUUCUAGUCUUCCAGGAUCCAUGGUGCAUAUGCUGGCAUUCAAUAUGUGGAGGGCUUGUCCUAGAGGGCUUUUCUUUGUAUGUGUAGCUUGCUAGUUUGUUUUCUACAUUUGAAAAUGUUUAGUUUUAGAGUAAGCGCUUUAUCCAAUUAUAGAGGUACAAUUUUCCAAACUUCCAGAAACUCAUCAAAAGAACAGACGAUGUCAAAACUACUGUGUCUGAUACCAAAAUGCUUCAGUAUUUGUAAUUUUUAAAGUCAGAAGCUGAUGUUCCUGGUAAAUGUUUUUACAGUUAUUCUAUCAUAUCUUCUCUGAAUGCUAAGCAUGACUGGUAUUUUUAAAAAUUGUGAGUAAGCUUUGCAGUUACUGUGAACUAUUGUCUCUUGGAGGAAAUUUUUUGUUUAAGAAUUGAUAUGAUUAAACUGAGUUAAUAUAUGCAAA